GGGGAACAAGCUGCUUCCACCUGCAGUCGAUCGGUGUUUGCACACUCGCGGUGGCUCCCAGGCCUCCGAUCAGACUGAUGUCCGCGUCCACUCAACCCCGGAAGCGCACAAAAACGUUUACGGGGUGCUGGACCUGCCGGGCCCGCAAGAUUAAGUGUGAUGAGGGCAGGCCUGCCUGCCGGCAGUGUUACGAGAAGAAUCUCAGCUGCGAGGGAUAUUCGGCCCGCCUGCAGUGGCUCACCCCUGCCACAGGCCAGGAUAUGCUCCGAUCUCAGCCCUUGUUUGAUGGCUCCAUCAGUCAUUCUUUGCGACGACUGCUGCCCGUAGAGCCUCCCCAGUCCAGUCUAGACUGGGACCAAGUAGAUGGCAUUCUUCGUUAUCUUGACUCGCUGGAGUCGGUUAUCAAUCCGAGUAGUGAGGAUGUCAGUGCCAGCAUCCAGAACUUUGGUGUCUUUAGUCUUGCGCAUGGGCCAUGCCCGACCCUUGGUGAUCUCGGCACCACGGCGCCCGACAUGCCCAAAGCCCUCCAGCCAGACAGUGGAUACGAAUUGCCUUUCGAUCUCGGAUCCGUGCUCAUGGAUUCCGAUCCAUCACAUGGGAAUUCUGAAGCAGAGGCGGCGUGGAAUCUUUGUAAUUUGCACGAGGGAGAGUUGUCUCUGGCAUUACCCCCACACCGGGAGUUGGCUCCGUCUGCCGUCCCGUUAACCCCCGGGCUCGUCCCAAACCACCCUAUCCCUCCGGGCCAUGCGGCGCUGUCACCGCCUCGGGGAAUUGGAGGCCUCAUGCUACCAGGGGGCACCAACAGCAACCUUUGCAGCAAGACAGGGCCCGGGCCAACAUUUCCGAGGCCCACGAACGCACUGGAGCAUCUGGCGGUUCCUUCCCAGGAGCAGCUCCUUAUGGGCCACUAUCGGAACCGUGUAGUCAACCUUUUCUGUGUAAUUGAUAAUGCCAAAAGCCCUUGGAAGACCAUCCACCUGCCCCGAGUGUUGCAGUGCGCGGGGGAGCUGAGCCUCGGUGGCACCACCACGCGUAUUCGCGACGCACUGCGGAAGACGCUGCUGUCCAUUAGUGCCUUCUACCUAUGUAACGACCAAAGAGCCCGCCAUCAAACCGACGAGGCCGAGAACUGGGGCAUGAUAGCUUCACAAUACCGGUGCGACGCGAUUGGACUACUCAAAUACGCUGUUGAGACCGAUCUCUACGCGGACGAGAAACCCAAGUAUAAAGAGUUCCUUGCCACAAUGCUUUCUAUGGUUACCAUUAAUGUGAUGUCUGGAGACACGAGCACCUGCGGCGUCCAUCUGGACGGCGCUGAAAGGCUCAUCAACCACACGUGUGCUCGCAAAUCUACCUUCUCCCGUAAGGCUCAAUCUCUCCAUCGCAUAUACCUUUACCUGCGAGUGAUAUACGAAAGUACUGCCGUGAGGAAACCCAGAAGCGGGGUUUCUCGGUUUUCAUCAUCAUUGGGCUCGCACGAGGCGUUUGGCCCGCAACCAGCGGUUCCAAGGCAGCACAUUAUCAUCGACGACGAUGAGACAUCCUCCUCAGUAAUGCCCAUGGUACAAGAGAUGCCGGACAGUGAGAGCCCGGUUGUGCACAUGUCGUCUUACGAAUGCAUCUACGGGAUACCGCAGAGUCUCCUGAUUCUGUUGAAAGAAUCCAUCGAAUUCAUAGACGAGCUAAAUAGUCACCGCACGAUCGCGGAGGCCUCGUCUAUCCCAGAAGCCCUGGGCCAAACGUGCGAUCGUCUCGAGCAGAGGAUCAUGGACUGGCCGCUCGACGAGCGUCUCCAGCGAUACAAGGUGUCCAAGGACGGCGUCAGCGCCACGAUCAUAUAUCACCAGACGAGGGCCUUUCUAAACGCGCUCAUCAUAUUCUUUUCCCAGGGCGUCAGGCUGAUGAAUCACCGCUACCUUCGGCAGUACGUCCAGGCGAUUCUGGACAGCAUCGAGGCCAUCGAGCAGAUCAAAGCAGAGACCAAUAUUCUUGCCGCCCCACUGUUCUGGCCCGCCUUCAUGGGGGCGACGGAAGCAUUCGAGCCCCGACAACAGGAACGCUUCCGGCAGUGGUACAGCCGAGUAGAGUUGUAUGGAAUCGAGGCCGUGAGAACUGGCAUACAAGUUGUGCACGAGGUUUGGAGGAUGGGGCCACCCACUCACCGCCAGAUGCAUUGUGGCUGGCGUAGUGUUGUAGAAAGAAGGAGCGACUGCCUCAUGCUAACCUGA